ACUGUUACUGUUUUUCUCUUUCUCCUUUUAUAUAUCAGUUUGACUUCGCUUUACUCUCAAGCAAGUUCACAACAUUUUCCCCAUAAAUGUCCAAAUUCCUGUUCAGGUGAAUCUGGUGUGUUCCUUCAAUUAAGAUCUGAUCACCCUCUUCCCAUCUUUCUUGCUCCUGAGAAAGAUAAAAAGAAAAGAACAACCUUUUUUUCUCAAAAACCAACCAUGAGGUCCAAAACCCAAUUCACAUGCAGCCUCAAGGUAGCCAUUCUCUCCAUUGCCUUUCUCUGCCUCUUCAUCUUGCUAUUCCGCUCAUCCAUAUUCUCCUUGUCUCCCCAACUCACCUCACAGACCAACUUGUCAGACUCAAACGCAGUAGCAGUAGCAGUAGAAGAAUCUCACCCCACAACAGAAACAACAGAAACUGCAGCCACACCAUCAUCAUGCCCUCCAAUCCCUGAGAACCCCACAUGCAACAAAGCCCCUCCGUCUUUAUCCAAUGCUCUCAUCCACUACGCCACCACCAACGUCACCCCUCAGCAGACCCUCCGUGAGAUCUCGGUCUCAGCCAAGGUCCUUCAGAAGAAGUCACCCUGCAACUUCCUCGUGUUUGGCCUCGGCCACGACAGCCUCAUGUGGACAUCGCUCAACUACGGUGGCCGCACGGUGUUCCUGGAGGAGGACAAGUCAUGGAUCGACCAAAUCCAACAGAAGAUACCCUCUUUGGAGUCCUACCAUGUCAUGUACGACACACAGGUUAACCAGGCUGACGAGCUGUUGAAGGUUGGAAUGGAAGCAGACUGCAAAAAGGUGAGUGAUCCAAGAUUUUCUCAGUGCCAGCUCGCGCACAAGGGGUUCCCAAGUGAGGUUUAUGACAUAGAUUGGGAUGUGAUCAUGGUGGAUGCCCCCACAGGUUUCUUUGAAGGGGCACCAGGGAGAAUGACUGCAAUCUACACUGCAGGGUUGAUUGCUAGGAACAAAGGCCAUGGUGACACUGAUGUGUUUGUUCAUGAUGUUGAUAGAGAGGUGGAAGACAAGUUCUCAAAGGCUUUUCUGUGUGAAGGGUAUCUGAAGGAACAAGAAGGGAGGAUCAGACACUUCAACGUUCCAAGCCACAGGUCUCGUUUGUGGAGGCCAUUUUGCCCACAGUAGUUGUUCAUCUUUACAUAUAUAUACUUGCUGUAUGAAUCACUGUCAAGGAAACUGAUACAAUUUCCACCACCAGUACGUACAUUCUUUUCAUGAUGUGUGAACUCCUACUUUGGUUGAGUUUUGGAAUUGAUUCUGAUUUAUAUACAACUCCUUCAUGGAUUGUUACCCUUUUAA